AUGAGAAAUUCCAAUAGUACACCUUACGCGGUUUAAGUUUUUGACACCAAUUUCUUUUAAAGCAGAAAAUUUGAAAUUUAACAACAUUUCUAACUCUUAAGUUAAGUGGAAAUAUCAAAAAAACUAUUAACACCCUCUUUUAUUAUUAUUAUUUUCUUCCUCUAACAAUCAUGCAAUAUUAAAUACAUUAAAAACUUAAAGCUGAUGAGAUAGAUGAAUUGA